AAGACCAAUCAUGAGACCAAUUUUGUCAGCUGUUAGUACAACAUGUUUGAAGCUGUUGGUUAUUUGAGCUUUGUAAUUGUUACAUUAAAUUGGUUUAUUUGUUUCAAAUUUGGAUACAAUGGAAGACUCACCAUGAUUAAGAUCUAUUAGGACUCGGCUUUGGGCUUACUUUAACCAUUUAAACCUUAAAAGCCUUUUACUUGUCAAAGGAAAAUUGAAACUGAUUCGAAUUGUAUUUUUUAAACUAUUGUCAUCUCUAAAGAAUUUAUUUUACUUCGCAUAAUUCAUGAUAAAUCUAUGAGUAUGUAACAAAUUGUCAAAUAAGCUGCUAAAAAUCAGUUUACAUUCCUAUAGGUGGCAGGUAAUCUGUUUAUACCUGUUGGUCUCUGUUGAUAGCAACCGUAAACUUUUCUCUUGCUUUGACUGUUGUUACCUGUUAUUUCACUUGCAUUUACCUCUCCCGCCAAGUUAAUUUUAAAAAUCAUCCUUAUUACAAUUAAUUAAUCGUCGUACUACAUAAUCUAAGGCUCAUCUGAUGAGUCAAACUAAUGAACAUUGGAUAGAAUUUUACAAUUCAACUAGGACGACCUGUGGAAUAGAAAAAUCAAUUGAAUUAAUUUCCCCUUCCCUGGUUCGGUGACUCUUUUCUCACUCUGUUUCUCAGCCUUUCUGUCACUUUUACUCUCUGGUUGACUUGACGGUGUUAUAAACUUUCAUCAAGUUUCAAGACCAUGAGGGGUAUAGAUUUAGCUGAAGAAACUGGCAGCUACAGAUUAGCUGUGAGUCCUGAUUUACCUGACGAUGGUUUGACUCCAGAAGGCCGACCCAGAGCCUUAAGAUUUAAGAAAACUGACUCCGCUCGUUUGACAGAGAAGCCUGAUGUAGCCGAGUUAAAGCAAGAGAUACAGCUGGAUGAACAUCUAUUACCUUUGGAUAUAUUGAUUGGUCAACUUCAAACUGAUCCAGACCUUGGUUUAACACCAGAACAAGCUCAUGAAAUGUUACUGAGAGAAGGGCCAAAUAUCUUGACUUCAACUAAAACUGUCUCUACAUUAACACGGCUGACUCGUAAUUUGUUUGGUGGCUUUUGUUUACUUCUUUGGGUUGGUGGAUUCAUUUCUCUGCUUGCCUAUUUAUUGAGAAUCAGAGCUGGACAGGAAUCACCUGAAGACAAUCUUAUUAUUGCCAUAUUACUGAUUGUUGUUGUCCUUGUGAUUGGAUUCACAUCUUUCUACCAAGAUACCAAGAGUGCAAAAUUAAUGGAUGCUUUCCGUAAAAUGAUACCUCAAACAGCAACUGUUAUUCGCAACGGGCAAAAAUACAACAUACCUGUUGAAGAAGUGGUUGUAGGUGACUUGAUAGAAAUUCGCAGUGGAGAUCGAAUCCCUGCUGAUUUGAGAAUUAUUUCGUCGCAAGGAUGCAAAGUUGACAAUUCAAAUCUAACUGGAGAAUCAGAACCACAGCUGAGAAGUUAUGAACUUACAUCAAACAAUCCCUUGGCUACUGCUAACCUUGCAUUCUUCUCGACUCAUUGUGUUGAAGGUAUUGCUCGUGGUCUUGUCAUAUAUACAGGUGACCGAACUGUCAUGGGGCGCAUCGCAUCCCUUGCAUCUGGACUUGAACUGACUGAAACUCCAAUUGCCAAAGAAGUUGAUAGGUUUAUAAGGUUAAUGACUGGAAUCUCAGCCAUUAUUGGAUGCGUCUUUUUCGUUUUUGCUUUCUUCAGAGGAUAUCUGUGGAUCGAUGCUGUUAUACUUUUGAUCGGUAUCAUCAUUGCCAAUGUCCCAGAAGGUUUACUUAUUACUGUUACUAUUUGUCUUGCUCUGACUGCCAAACGAAUGGUUUCAAAAAAUUGUUUAAUAAAAAAUUUGGAGGCUGUUGAAACUCUUGGCUCAGUUUCAAUCAUAUGUUCCGAUAAAACUGGAACAUUAACACAAAAUCGUAUGACUAUAUCUCACAUGUGGUUUGAUAAUCAAGUGGUAGAAGCUGAUACAACAGAGGAACAAAAUGGAGUUCUAUUCGAUAAAAAAGCUCCCGGAUGGAAGAGUUUGUCUAGAUGUGCCAUGUUAUGUUCACGUGCCGAUUUCAAAGCUAAUCAAGAUCUUGUGCCAAUUUUAAAACGCGAAACAACUGGAGACGCAACUGAAACAGCCAUCCUCAAGUUCAUGGAACUCUCUGUUGGUGACGUUAUUUCUUAUCGACAAGCUCAUGCAAAAGUUUGCGAGAUUCCUUUUAAUCCAACUGAUAAAUUUCAUAUCACUAUUCAUGAAAUUGAGGAUGGAAUUAAUGGUCAUCACCUUCUUUGCAUGAAAGGGGCUCCAGAAAAAGUCUUAGAAAGAUGUCGUACUAUUUAUUUCAAAGGCAAAGAAAAGAUUCUAACUCCAGAAAUAAAAGAAGCUGUUAUUGAUAGACUUGCACACUUGGCAAGCGAUGGAGAGCGUGUAAUCGGGUUUUGUGAUUUAACCUUACCCAAAGAUAGAUAUCCUAUUGGAUAUCUAUUUGAUCCGGACCUGAAAAAUUUUCCCGACAGAGAUCUACGAUUCCUUGGCCUACUUUCAAUGAUCGAUCCUCCCAGAGCUGCUGUUCCUGAUGCAAUCGCUCGCUGUCGAUCCGCAGGAAUCAGAGUUAUCAUGGUUACCGGUGAUCAUCCAGCUACAGCUAAAGCAAUUGCUAAAAGUGUUGGAAUUAUCUCAAAAAAUAAUGAAACCGUAGAGGACAUUGCUCAACGUCUCAAAAUUAGACCCGAAGAAGUUGAUACUCGACUUGCUAAGGCUAUUGUUGUCCAAGGAUUUCAAUUGAAGACUAUGAUUAAAUCAGAAUUGGACUCAAUUCUGACAACAUACGAUGAGAUUGUAUUCGCUCGAACAUCUCCUCAACAGAAGCUUGCCAUAGUUGAGGGAUGUCAACGCAUUGGAGCUGUAGUUGGUGCCACUGGGGACGGAGUUAAUGACUCACCUGCGUUGAAACAGGCUGAUAUUGGUAUUGCAAUGGGAGUCACUGGAAGUGAUGUGAGUAAGCAGGCUGCAGACAUGAUUUUGUUGGAUGAUAAUUUCGCUACCAUUGUUGCUGGAGUUGAAGAAGGUCGCUUAGUUUUUGAAAAUUUAAAAAAAUCUAUGAAAUACUUACUCACAAGUAACAUGCCUGAAGUUGUCCCUUUCUUGCUGUUCGUAAUCCUCGAUAUUCCACUGCCAUUAGGAAUUAUAACAAUUCUUUGUAUCGAUUUGAUUACUGACUUGGCUCCCGGAGUUUCAUUAGCUAACGAAGAACCUGAACAUGAUAUUAUGAGACGACAUCCGAGGGAUCCUAAAACUGAAACGCUAAUUAAUUCUCGUCUUAUCACAAUGUCCUAUUUCCAAAUCGGCGCUAUUCAAGCUGUUGCAGGUUUUUUCGCUUACUUUGUAGUCAUGUAUGAAAAUGGAUGGUGGUUUACCACACUAGUUGGAUUGCGAAGAGAGUGGAACUCAAACGCAAUCAAUGAUCUUUUGGACUCUUAUAAUCAAGAAUGGACUUAUAAACAAAGGAAAAUAUUAGAAUAUACCUGUCACACCGCUUUCUUUGUUACAAUUGUCGUCGUUCAAUGGGCUAAUUUAUUAAUUUGUAAAACUCAAAGAAACUCAAUUUUCCAACAAGGAAUGAGAAAUCAUGUUCUCAACUUUUCGCUGCUAUUUGAAACUAUUCUAGCUAUUCUACUGUGUUAUUUCCCUGGCAUGCAAAUCAUUUUCCGAAUGUAUCCUGUCAAUUUCGCUGUGUGGUUUAUUGGAAUACCUUUUGCCUUUGUUGUUUUCAUCUAUGACGAGUCUAGAAAAGCAAUUAUUCGUAAAAAUCCAGGAGGAUGGCUUCAACAAGAAACACUUUAUUGAUCUCAAAUAUUGGAACUGAAUGGCCUUAUUUAGUUGUUUUUUUAUCGUUUGCUCACACUAAAAGACAAAAAGUAUCACCAAAAAGCUAUUUUGCUUACAAUAACUUAUCCUCUCAGGGAAUUUCUCUAUUCAUAGCAUUCAAUCUCACCUUUUUUUAUAUUCUUUUAUACAAACGACAAACUUCUAGAAAGAUGAUUUUUUAUACCUGUCAUCUCUUUUUCGUCACCACUGUCCAAUCAUUGAACAAAAUGAAAUGCUGCUAUCGAUCUACAACCAUGUCAACAAAAAAUCGAUUCAAGCAAAGAAUCUGUCAUUCCUGAAUCUCAAUCAAGAUCGUCUAUUUUUCAGCUUUACUGUCCUCACCCCUAAACUAUUUUAUUGAUCACCAUUUCUCUAUUGUUAAUCUCACCGGUCAAGAUCUGUGUGCAUUUGAUGUGCAAAAUUUUAUUUUCUUUCACACAUCUUCAAAAUUUACAUCCAUCACAAUCACUUUCAUUAUGACUUUGUCCAGAUGAUGUGCGAUAGAAAACUGUUAUUUAUUCAAAACAUUUGUAUUCAAUGUUUUCACGCUUGUGUACAUGUUACAUAUUGAUUAUUAAAAAAGCUAUGUAAUAUGAA